AGAUAAAGAAGAAAAGGAAAAAAGCUACGGACGGUUUCGACAGCGAACGGCGGCAUGGUGCUCAGCGGAUUUGACUUGGUCUUGGGCGGUGCCGUCGUUGCUGUUGGUGGUGCAGACUCAGCGGCGCGGUGCUCGGUGGCAGUAGGUGGCAUCGGCGGUGUGGUGAGUUCUUUGGGUUCCUCAGUGCCGGGCAACACGGGAGCUAAAUCGACUGCGACCGCUUCAUGCUCAACAACGGCCACGACGGCACUGCUCCAUCUCACGGGCUACGGCGUCACUGCUCCAUCUAGCAGGUUAUGGCGGCGUCACGGACUCCAUUUUUUCCACUUUGGUGGGCGGUCGUCGAUUCCCAAUAGGCGGACCAGUCGUGCAACAUCAUUGGUGGUCCUCGGUGUCAGGUUUCCUUGAUUAUUGGCUUGCUUAUUUGAUGUGCUUUGCAUCUCCUCCCUACAACAUGGCCAGCAACCAGGUCUUCGAUGAUGGAGCUCUCCAGUAUCGUCCCCUCUCGAUAAAUUUGCAGUAGAAUCUGUCUAUUUUAUACGCCCAAUAUGGUUAUAUUUAGUAAAGAAGUUUAGUUAUCUGCCCAUAAGUAUGAAACUAUGAAUCUUUGUUGACUUGCAGCUUCUUUGCUAUGGUU